AUGGUUGGGCAUCAACGCAAAAUUGUUGCCACAUCGAACUCAGUGCGUACGGCUAUUACCGAUACGAGUGAUUUCCGUGUGAAAGGUGAUGGCGGUUGCAUUACGCCGUUGAUUUCAAAACGAUUUACAACGCAGAAUCAAGAGAGCCUCAAAGCUGAACUAUUUUCUUUUAUCGUUCAGUCAUAUAGUCCAUAUUUUUUCUAUGCUAACCGAUUGAAAUCGUUUACAUCGAGAUGGCCGCAUCGUAUCGAUAAUUUAUCACCUCAAAAGUUUGACUCGUGUUUGCAGAUGGCAGAGGCAGGUUUCUUCUACUGCCCAGGCAGAACUAAGCAAGAUGCAGAUAAUGUAAAAUGUCCGUUUUGUCUCAAGGAACUGACGCAUUGGGAGCCAACUGACAAUCCCAUUGUGGAACACAGAAAACGUCAGAACGGAUGCUACUUCAUGCAGUUAAAUGCGAAAGAACGAGAUUUUACGAUGCAUGACUUCUUGUUGCUCAUAUCUCAAAGACACGCCUCUCGGCUGGUGAGCUAA